AUGACACAUGCCAGCGGCCGCCUGGUUCCGUCUCUGAGGCGAAGAAGCCAGUUGACGACGGGCGAUUCGGUGCGCCUGGAGGAGCUGAAGCGGCGGGCAGCCGAGUGCAUCGAGGCGUCGUCGGAGCGCCUGGGAGAGCUGAGCCGGGAGAUCUGGAGCCGGCCGGAACUCGCCUACGAGGAGCACCAGGCACACGGCGCCAUGACGCGCUUCUUCGCCAGCCGCCCCUCGCCGACCUCCUCCGCCGCCGCUUGGUCGGUGCAGCGCAACUACAAGCUGGAGACGGCCUUCCGGGCGGACUGGCAGUGGGACGGGGGCCCCGGCGAGGCGGGCCAGGCGCUGCCGCUCCGCCUGGGCUUCCUGUGCGAGUACGACGCCCUGCCCGGCAUCGGCCACGCUUGCGGCCACAACCUCAUCGCCGAAGUGGGCGCCGGCGCAGCGCUGGGCCUGAAAGGCGCCCUGGAGAGCCUUCGCCACGGCCCCGCCAACGCCGCAGGGCUCCCCCGCCAGGCCCCCGCCGUCAAGGUGAGGCGGGCGAGGGCCCCGCACACGCAUCCCACGGUCCCUCCCUCCAACCUAUUUAUUCAUCUGUUUAUUGAUUACAUGUAUAUAUUGCUGACCAUAUUUUAAAAAGUCCUAGUUUACAAGGAAGGCAAAUACAUAAUGAUGUACGUUACAAUAAUGGAUAAAAUAUUAAUAGAAACAUAAAACCAAUGCAACACCAUAAUUAAAUAACUAAUGGAAGGCCUGACUGAAGAAAUGGCUCUUCGAUUGGCUCCUGAAUCAUGUUUAAGUUGGUACCUCCCAAAUAGCAGUGGGAUGGGGGAGGUCAUUCCAUAAGGUGGGUGCCACCACAGAGAAGGCCCGCUUCUG